AUGGACGCAGGGAACGACACGGGGACCGGGUUCCUCCUCCUGGGGCCAUUCCCAGGGCUGCGGCACCGCGGCGCCCUGGUCACGUGCGUCCUUCUGGUCUACGUCCUCGCGGUGGCGGGGAACGCGGCCCUGGCGCUCUUGAUCUGGGCGGACACUCGCCUCCACACGCCCAUGUAUGUCCUCCUCGGCCAGCUGUCUCUAAUCGACCUGGCCUUGAUCUCCACCACCGUGCCCAAGAUGGUCAUCAACUUCUUCUCAGGGAAGAGGGACAUCUCGAAAGCGGCCUGCGGGGCCCAGGUUUUCUUCUUCUUUGCCCUCGGUGGCGGCGAGUGUCUGCUUCUGGCCCUCAUGUCUUACGACCGCUACAUGGCCAUCCGCAGCCCCCUGCGGUACCCAGCACUCAUGAACCCCCGGGCCUGCCUGCGGAUGGCGUCGGCGUGCUGGGGCGGAGGAGCCCUCAAUUCCCUGGUCCACACCGUCUACACCAUGCAUUUCCCCUUCUGCGGCUCCAGGGAAAUCCGCCACUUCUUCUGCGAGAUGCCGGCCAUCCUGAAGCUCUCCUGCCAGGACACCUCCCUGUACGAGGCGGUGGUGUCUGUCAUCUGCAUCGUGUUCCUGCUUCUCCCCCUGGGAUUCAUCCUCUCUUCCUACAUCCUCAUCUUCCUCACCGUCCUCGGGAUGAACUCUGCGGAGGGCAGGAGGAAAGCCCUGGCCACCUGCUCCUCUCACCUGGCUGUGGUCAGCCUCUACUACGGGCCAGCCAUGGUCAUCUACAUGACCCCCCACUCUUCCCACACUGCAGAGCAGGACGAAAUACUCUCCAUGAUCAACACCGUCUUCACACCCCUGCUCAACCCCCUCAUCUACAGCCUGCGGAACAAGGAGGUGCUUGCAGCGCUGAGAAAGGUAGUGGGGCAGAGGUGCACUUGGAGGUGGAAAUGA